AUGUACUCCGCAGCUGUGCUUGCAACUUUCUCCUUCCUUCUCGGCGCCGGCGCUCAACAGGUUGGAACUUUGAAAACCGAAAGUCAUCCUCCCUUGACAAUUCAAAAGUGUGCCGCCGGUGGAACCUGUACCGAUGAGGCCGACAGCGUUGUCCUCGAUGCCAACUGGAGAUGGCUCCACUCCACUUCCGGCUCCACCAACUGUUACACCGGUAACACUUGGGAUACCACUCUCUGCCCAGAUGCUGCUACUUGUACCGCCAACUGUGCUUUUGAUGGUGCCGAUUACGAGGGAACAUACGGUAUCACCUCAAGUGGUGACUCUUUGAAGCUUAGCUUUGUUACCGGAAGCAAUGUUGGUUCCCGUACCUACCUCAUGGACUCUGAGACCACCUACAAGGAGUUUGCUCUUUUGGGUAACGAGUUCACCUUCACCGUCGAUGUUUCCAAGCUUCCUUGCGGUCUCAACGGUGCUCUUUACUUCGUUCCUAUGGACGCCGACGGAGGAAUGUCCAAGUACCCUACCAACAAAGCAGGUGCUAAAUACGGUACCGGUUACUGCGAUGCUCAAUGUCCUCAAGACAUGAAGUUCGUCAGCGGCGGAGCCAACAACGAAGGAUGGGUCCCUGAUAGCAACAGCGCUAACUCUGGAACCGGUAACAUCGGAUCUUGCUGCUCUGAGUUUGAUGUCUGGGAAGCCAACUCCAUGUCCCAAGCUCUUACUCCUCACACUUGCACAGUUGACGGACAAACUGCUUGCACUGGUGAUGACUGUGCCGGAAACACUGGUGUCUGUGAUGCAGAUGGAUGUGAUUUCAACCCAUACAGAAUGGGUAACACCACAUUCUAUGGAAGCGGAAAGACCAUUGAUACCACCAAGCCAUUCAGCGUCGUUACUCAAUUCAUCACUGAUGACGGAACUGAGACCGGAACCCUUACUGAGAUCAAGCGUUUCUACGUUCAAGACGAUGUUGUCUACGAACAACCAAACUCCGACAUCUCUGGUGUCUCUGGAAACUCCAUCACCGAUGACUUCUGCACUGCUCAAAAGACCGCUUUCGGAGACACUGAUUACUUCAGCCAAAAGGGUGGUAUGGCCGCUAUGGGUAAAAAGAUGGCUGAUGGUAUGGUUCUUGUUCUCUCCAUCUGGGAUGAUUACAACGUAAACAUGCUCUGGCUCGACAGUGACUACCCAACCACCAAGGAUGCUUCUACCCCAGGUGUUUCCCGUGGAUCUUGCGCUACCACCUCAGGUGUCCCCGCUACUGUUGAGGCUGCUUCAGGAUCUGCUUACGUUACAUUCUCCAGCAUCAAGUAUGGACCUAUCGGUUCUACCUUCAAGGCACCAGCCGACAGCUCUUCCCCAGUUGUUGCAUCAAGCUCCCCCGCCGCUGUCGCUGCAGUUGUUUCUACCUCAUCUGCUCAAGCUGUCCCAUCUCACCCAGCUGUCUCAUCUAGCCAAGCAGCCGUCUCUACUCCUGAAGCUGUCUCAUCUGCCCCAGAGGUUCCUGCCUCCUCCUCCGCCGCCCAGAGCGUCGCACCCACAUCCACCAAGCCAAAGUGCAGCAAAGUUAGCCAAUCCAGCACCCUCGCAACAUCUGUUGCUGCACCAGCCACUACUGCUACAUCAGCCGCAGUUGCUGCUACUAGCGCUGCUUCUUCAUCUGGUUCCGUUCCUUUGUACGGUAACUGCACUGGUGGAAAGACCUGCUCUGAGGGUACUUGUGUUGUUCAAAACCCAUGGUACUCUCAAUGUGUUGCUUCCUCUUAA